UCCCUUCUUCAACAACAACGCCCUCAAAGGCUACCGCUCCACUAGCUUCACCACUCUCAUUUGCAGAUUGCAACACCAGCAACUCAUUGCAGCUUUCAGGAGCUGAAACAACGAGUGGCAGUGUGGGAGAGCGCACGGUAGCAACUUGAGAAAGGGAAGCAGGAGCGAAAUGGGUGCUGCGACGACGCUGCCCGGCAACGCCGGGCCCGUGCGCUGCUCUCGCACGUUCCUCGCGCUGCUGCUCUGCUUCCAGCUACUGCACACGUCGUUGGCCCUCAAGCUGCACGGCGUCGGCGGCUACGAGGAGAAGAAGGUCCCGCUGGCCGUCAUCGUGCCGGACCCCUCACCGGAGCUGUCGGGCCUGUCCCCGGCGCCGCUCGCCGCGCCGGCGCCGGUCCACGGUGGUGGCGACGUGCGGCCGAGGCUGCCGACAGAGCGGUGGCGCCGGGACAGGGGAGAGGUCCGGCGCGCCGCGCACCCGCCGGCCGCGCCCGCGGCCGCACCCGAGCCCACGGCGGCGCCGUCGGCUGGCCCCGCCAGAGCCCCCACCGCCGGGGCGCCGGCGCCGGGCUCUGGCGACGGCGGCGCGGCGUUCAUCAAGAGCAGCCCGGCCGUGCCGGUCCCGCGCGGCGUCACGGACACCGACACCGUCCUGCCCAUGCCCGCGCCCGGAGAAACGCGGCAGGAGGUUGGAGGCGCCAAUUCAGUUGGAGCCGCCUGUGUAAUGCCGCUGCUGCUGGGGCUCAUGGCUAUGCUGAUGCUGUCUUUUGGGAUCUAAGCAGCAUGCAGUUUAGAACUAGCAGUCGCAAGAGAGAUCUAUCAAAAGAUUGUUCCUUUUUAUCUGGUUUAUUGUUUCUUUCUGUGCCGGCGCCGGCGACCCUGACCCCUCUUCUAAUCCUAUGUAAACAAAGUCGUCAAGUCUUCCUUUUAUCUGC